AUGGACACGAUGCUGAAUGGCUUUCACCAUGCCCGACCGCCGUAUCAUAUGCACAUGACUUGUAACGCUUUGGACUGCGAGAAGAGGGAGAACCUUUCGCGGUGUCGUAGAUGCAAUAUUGGCCAGUACUGCUCCAAAGAGUGUCAAUUGAAGGACUGGAGCCUUCACAAGUUAGCCUGUCAGGACUGGCGUGUUCCGCACGACUACGCCGUAAAGGCGUCGGGCAACCCAAACGCGUGGGCGGACUUUGCCGCAUGGUCCGACUACCAUCAUAACAACCUUGCGAACGCCGCUUUGGCACAUUGCGCCUCCAAAGGUCGCGAUUCUGCCGAAGACGUUCUGUGCCUCUUUCUUGCAUACAAGGGGCAGCACUCGUGUCCCAUCGAGCGCAUAUUCGCCGUAGAGUCGGCCCGGUUUGCGCCAAGGAACGACUCCGACAUACGAAUCAGGAUCGCAAUACACAAGGUCCUGCAGACACGAGAAGCGAACUUCCGUGCGAUGCAUGACCGCCGGAUCACGGAUGGUCUCGAGACAGAGCCUGAAUGGACGAGAACCUGCAUUUUCUUCCUUAGUUUCGACCCUAAAGCCGAUCGUUGUUUAUACGCUGUGCACUACACAUUCGCGUCGGAACAGCUCGAUGCCUCGGUAUUGCCCAUACCACCCACACGUAUCUUGACGGAGUUAUUACAGGAGGGGAGGAGAGUCAAGGUCUGCUGUAGGAAGAAUCUUGGGAUGCCCCCGGCUCUUUGCUGUUGUGGAGGAUGGACGCAUGAUGAUGUGACCAAGGAGCAAGUACUGCUACUGACCUUACAAGGAGACAACGAGGCAUCAUCGGAUCGCCCGGACUCUACCGAGUUGUCAGCAGCACAAGGAGGCGAUGACGGGACUGAAGAGCAGGCGUCACAUAGGUCAAGAUCGAAGAAGAAAAAGCCAAAGAAGAAAAAGCCGAAGGGACCAUCGCCGGUUGUACCUAAGACGUCCGACACCGCAAUGUCCUCUGUUCGAAAGGAUGUUGACGAGACCCCGAGCGACACUGAGGGCGAUGUCCACUCUACCCCUGAUCCUCCUACGAUGGAUCUGCCUCAAGACGUCCCUGAGCCUGCUGCCGACGCUCCCGUUGAUGUGGAUGUUGGUGGGAAAUUGCUUCCUCCAGAAGGUGGAUCGUCGUCGGAUGCGCCGAUACACGCCAAAGACCCCGAACCUAUCAUAUCCCAGCCCGAGGCACGAACAUUCAAGUACGAUGCGCAAGUUCACACACUGCGGGAACUCUUCCCUUCAUGGUCUUAUGAUGACCUCAAGAAUGUGCUGGUAGAGACGCGCGGCGAUGUCAAGCUUGCCGCCCAGCAGAUUGGAGAUGGCACAGUACAGCAAUGGGUUCCCGUGAAGUCCAAGAAGGAGAAGCGGCGAGAGAAGCAGAGUCUAUUGUCGUCAGCUCGGUUGGAUAUCCGUACACCCACCGCGACUCGCGGUACGCCACCGCCACCCAUUAAUAUGGAGACCGUAGAGGUACCUACUGAACCUCCGGCAAUGAAGGAGACAUAUCGUGCAGAAGAUACUGAACCGACGCCGCAAGGCCACAUUCAGCCGGCGCCGCCAAUCGCACCGCAAGGCGAGAUGGAAUCAGAACCCUUAACAGCGACUCCAUCUUCGCGUGUAUCAGAAACGGAGGCUCUACCUCUCUCGGAACGCGAGCGUACUCUGAGUCCUGUCCCAUCAUCACCACUCGAACCUUCGCCACCUCUCGAACCCGCAGAAAUACAACUGAUACAAAAUGUCGUGCAAGAGCACGACUCGGAACUCGAGGAGACGAUCGCUGCAGCACUUGAUAAACCCAUAGCGCAACAUGAUGAACCUGAGCUCAGCUUUCCGACGAUUGGCUUCCUCCCGCCCGAUCAGGCAGUGUAUUUUCCUACGGAAGUAUUCGAUUCCGAGGCAGCUUCGUCUCACGAGGCCACUCCGCAAUUUGAGAGUGUCCCGCCACAAGAACCAGCUCAUCAAGAGCCCGUCAUUUCCGAACCGACGCCACAGCGGUACCGCAUCCCCGCCCGGCGUCAACCCACGGAUGCAUCGUCGCCACAAUCCAAUCAAACGCACCCGCCAACAACGGAACCGCCCCCUGGUCUUGACGCACCUCGUGCGCAUGAAGCACAUUCGCACACGAACCCAUACGGAGCGCACAUCCAUCCAAACUACGCUGCUUAUGUUGCGGCUUACAACGCGUACGCUGGCGCGUACGGGGCGACGACGAACUCUGAUGCGGGUGUUGUUGACCCUGAGCGCGCGCCGUUUGUCCCUCCGAUAUAUGCUCAGCCUAUGGUGACCAUGCCCACUGAUUCGGGCGCUACCCGGGCUUUGGAAGCCGCCACGCGUGAGUUGAUGGAGGCUACGCGAGUGCUUCGAGAGGCUGCGCAAAGAUACCACUUGGUGGAGGCGGCGGGUACGGCGCCAACUGGAUCCACAAUUGUCAGCCCUGACGUGGAGAUAUCCGAGCAAUCGAGCUUGCGCGAUACAUCUACAGAGGUCGACGAGUCAUGUCCGCCAUCUAGUCCUGUGCCGAGACGUGGCCGUCUUCGAAGAGCAUCGGCUGUGGACAUCGGAGUCGGUGUUGAUCGUGCGGCGGUGACGGAACCGGAGGAAGAGAAGAGAGCACGUUCGCUACAGAACCCUCGUCUGAAGCGGCAGUACCAAGAAUGA